UUUUCAUGUUUCCAGCGCUAAUGCUUAGCUUUGGCGCCGAACAGGUUACAGCUUUCCAGUUCAUUGAAUCAGACUGUUACCCUCUUACUGAUAACAAACCUAACCAUACGUAUGAAGCUAAUGUGAAAGCCCUCCUCUCCGACCUCAGCUCCAAUUCCACCCAAGACAAUGGCUUCUACAAUUCACUUGCUGGUUGGGGAACCACAAAUCCUAUAAGGGGACAAGCUCUUUGCCGUGGGGACGUCACUCCCUCCACAUGUCAACACUGUGUCUCACUCGCAGCCCAAAAAACUUUAACCUCUAGCCUUAACUGUACUGAAUUCAUAAUCUACUACGACCUUUGCAUGUUGCGUUACAACAGCAAAUCCUUCAAGUUCGAUGACAUAGUCGAUGAUGGCCUCGCUUGGUCUGGUAACAAGACGGAAAUCUCUGACGAGAGCCGUUUCAAUCAAACAGUAUGGGUUCUUUUAAGGAUUGUGACCGCAAAAGCUGCGAAUUCAAACUUUCCUGAUAAGAAAUUUGCCACCUACGAAGUUCCAGUCACGGCCACGCAGAAGCUGUACGGCUUAGCACAGUGCACGCCUGAUUUGACAGUUUCAGAUUGUGGCCAGUGUUUUCAAACGGCCUUACGACAGUUUCAGGAGUUUUGCGUCGUUCAAGAUGAAAGUAAGGGUGUGGAAUUUUGUGCGGAGAUCCCACGGGUAAUGGUUUUUCUGGCCGGAUGUAACGUUAGAUAUGAUACGCACCGCUUUUAUAAUGUAAGCAACGUAUCAAAUGUACCAGCAGCCGUUCGUCUUGCAACUUCAGGAAAACGACAUGCUGGAUCACGAAUUAUUGUUGUGAUCGUUGCCUCCACUAUCAUUUCACCCACGCUUUUUUGUUUGAGCUGCUAUUUGCUCAGGAGAAAGCUGAGAAAGAGCCGGCAAACUAUUCUCACACAAAACUUUGGCGAAGAAAGUUCGAAGCUGAAGUCCUUGCGAUUUAAUCUCACUACAAUUGAAGCUGCAACGAAUAAGUUUUCUCUCCAGAAUAGAAUUGGCAAAGGUGGAUUUGGAUAUGUAUACAAGGGAGUUCUUCAUGAUGGCCAAGAAAUUGCUGUGAAAAGACUCUCAAAAAAUUCUCUGCAAGGAGCAUUAGAAUUUAAGAAUGAAGUUUUGCUGAUAGCCAAACUCCAACACAGAAAUCUAGUCACCUUGUUGGGGUUUUGCUUGGAAAAACAAGAGAAAAUUCUUAUUUACGAAUAUGUUCCUAAUAAGAGUAUUGAUUUCUUUUUAUUUGAUUCUAAAAAUCAAAGGCAAUUAAAUUGGCUGGAACGAUUCAACAUUAUUGGUGGAAUUGCUCGUGGACUUCUUUACCUACAUGAACAUUCUCGUUUCAAAGUUAUUCACCGUGAUCUUAAACCAAGUAAUGUUUUAUUAGAUAGUAAGAUGAAUCCAAAGAUAUCAGAUUUUGGUAUGGCAAGAAUGGUUGCAAUAGAUCAAGAUCAAGAGAAUACAAAUAGAAUUGUUGGAACAUAUGGUUAUAUGUCUCCAGAAUAUUUAAUGUACGGACAAUUUUCAGAGAAAUCAGAUAUAUUUAGUUUUGGAGUUAUAAUCUUAGAGAUAAUUAGCAGCAGAAGGAAUGCUAGAUCUUAUGAAUCACAUCUCUUGACUCAUGCUUGGAAGCAAUGGAAGGAGGGAACACCAUUACACGUAUUGGACUCAUGUCUAAUGGAAUCUUGUUCUCAAAGUGAAGUAGUAAGAUGCGUGCAAAUUGGGUUAUUAUGUGUUCAAGAAAAUCCAGAAGAUAGGCCAACAAUGUCUCAAACUGUUUCAUAUCUUAGUAAUCCUUCCGUUGAAUUGCCCUCUCCAAGAGAACCAGCAUUCUUCAUGCACAGCCGACAAAAUUCAAGUGAAAAUAUUGCAACAGAAUCACUUUUGAAUCGAUCUUCUGUGAAUCCUAAUCGGUUCUCUUUGAAUGAAAUGUCUCAGACUGAACUCUUCGCACGAUGA